AUGUAUUCGCUUUAUCGAAGCUUUUUGGGCAGUCUUGACUCAACCACAGACACUCACAUGCUCGAUUAUGCCAACAAAUUAGAACAGAGUAUCGGCACUUUCGGUGCCACGCAGAUUAAUCAUCAAUCCCUCCUGGAUGUUAUUUGCGAAGGCAAUCCGCAAGCUGAUGCCCUGAUACAGAAAUUUAACGAUCUCAAAUUGAGAAAUGCUCGUGAGCUCGUGCCUUGUGUAUACAUGUAUUCACGGCUUAAACGAGAUUCUCACUUACUGUCUGUCUUGGACCAGAUGUGUGACACGAAACGUGUGGAUAGAUUUGAUCGCGAUAACGUUAAAUCGCCAGAUUUAGCAUUUGCUCGACAAAGCGUGAAUCAAUUGCAACAAAGAAUCGCUGAUUCAAGUACACUCCUCGGAAGCACUCUUAGAUCUGUUGGGAGCGAGCGGAUUGCCCGCUCCGUUCUCACUGGCACUUUAGAUGACUUCUCCGUUUCAGACGCGCCUUUGGAUCCCUAUUCUAGUUCGGACCAUGGUGUACCGAUCCCACGAACUGCAGACCCUGGUGACGCAGCCGCUUCUACCACCGUUCGCCGAAACCCACCAUUAGCCGACAGUGCUCUGCGCCAUCCGGUACAACCUAAAUGGCUGUUUGAGCGUUGCAGUUUGUGGAAUGACUUUUUACCACCGAUGGACUCGGGUUCGGAG